AGCAACAUGAAGUCCUCCCUGCAGGCGGUGGUGCUUUGGGGGAAGAAGGCCCCUCCCCACAGCAUCACUGCCAUCAUGAUCACUGAUGACCAGCAAACUAUUGUGACAGGAAGUCAGGAGGGUCAGCUGUGUCUUUGGAACCUCUCAUCUGAAUUAAAGAUUUCAGCUAAAGAACUUCUCUUCGGUCAUUCAGCUUCGGUGACAUGUUUGGCAAAAGCAAGAGACUUCUCUAAGCAGCCUUAUGUGGUUAGUGCUGCUGAAAAUGGGGAGAUGUGUGUUUGGAAUGUCACCAAUGGAUGGUGUGUGGACAAAGCCACACUUCCUUAUAGGCAUUCUGCGAUCUGUUAUUACCACUGCUCUUCCCGGAUGACGGGAGAAGGCUGGCUUCUCUGUUGUGGAGAAUAUCAAGAUGUUCUUAUCAUUGAUGCCAAAACCUUAGCUGUUGUUCACAAUUUCACAUCAUCUCAGUCUUCAGACUGGAUCAACUGCAUGUGCAUUGUUCACUCCAUGAGAAUUCAAGAGGAUUCUCUGUUGGUGGUUUCAGUAGCUGGUGAGCUCAAAGCAUGGGACCUCUCUUCAUCUAUCAACAGCAUUCAGGAAAAGCAAGAUGUCUAUGAAAAAGAAUCCAAGUUUCUUGAUGCCCAGAACUGCCGGACAAUACGAUUUUGCACCUAUACAGAGAGACUUCUGUUGGUGGUAUUUUCUAAGUGUUGGAAGGUUUAUGAUUACUGUGAUUUUACCCUCCUGUGGACUGAAGUUAGUAGGAGUGGGCAGUUCUUUGCUGGUGGUGAGGUGCUUGCUGCUCACAGAAUCAUCAUUUGGACAGAAGAUGGUCAGAGCAAUAUCUAUCAGCUGCUGAACAGCGGGCUUUCAAAAAGCAUAUACCCUGCUGAUGGAAGAGUGGUUACAGAGACCAUUUAUCCUCAUUUACUCUGCUCUACUUCUGUGCAGGAAAAUAAGAGUCUUCCCUUUGUUAUGGGUUACAUGAAUGAAAGGAAAGAGCCUUUUUAUAAGGUACUUUUCUCUGGAGAAGUAUCAGGAAGAAUUACUUUGUGGCAUAUCCCUGAUGUUCCUGUCUCUAAGUUUGAUGGCUCUCCUGGAGAUAUACCAAUAACUACCACCUGGACCCUUCAAGAUAAUUUUGAUAAGCAUCAAACUAUGUCACAAAGUAUUAUUGACCACAUCUCAGGAUUUAAAGAUGAGACUGGAAUUGUGGCAGUCACAUCUUCAGAGUAUAUUCCAAAUCUUGAUAAACUAAUAUGUGGCUGUGAAGAUGGGACAAUUUUCAUUACUAAGGCUUUGAAUGCUGCAAUAGCAGGACUGCUAGAAGGCGGUUCUUUAUUAAAAGAUUCCCUUUCUCAUAAAGUUCUAAAAGGCCAUCACCAAAGUGUUACUUCAUUACUUUAUCCACAUGGUCUUUCCUCAAAAUUGGAUCAAAGUUGGAUGGUGUCUGGGGACCGAGAUUCAUGUGUCAUCUUGUGGGACAUUUUUACUGAAGAAAUCUUGCAUCAGUUCUUUUUAGAAGCUGGUCCAAUAACGAAUCUUUUCAUGUCACCAGAGAAUUUCAAACUGAGAGGUGAGCAGGUAGUCUGCUGUGUCUGCAGUGAUCAUUCUGUGGCCCUUCUCCACCUGGAAGAGAAGCGGUGCCUUCUUAGUGCCCGGAAGCACAUUUUCCCUGUUACAAAAAUAAAAUGGCAUCCUAUUGAGAAUUUUUUGAUUGUUGGAUGUGCCGAUGACUCUGUUUACAUCUGGGAAAUUGAAACAGGCACUUUGGAAAGGCAUGAAACAGGAGAAAGAGCGAGAAUCAUCCUGAAUUGCUGUGAUGAUUCACAGCUCCUAAAGUCUGAAUCUGUAUUGCCAAUUGCUUCAGAGACACAUAAACACAAAACUGUAGAACAGAAACUCUCCAGCUCCUACCAGUUUGGGCCAACACCUUGCCAUGGUCUACAGGUAGAGUCUUCAAGUAAGGUGGAUGAUGCUAAGUCUUUUCCAGGACCUUUUAAAGUCUUGCCUGUGAAAACAAUGUGGAGUGACAUUAGCUUUCACAUCCUUUUAUUUGAUCUGGAAAGCCUCAUUGAGCUUCUGCUGCCAACUCCAAUUUGUGAUGUUGACUCUUCCAAUUCCUUCUAUGGCACUGAGAUCCUUCGAAGAGCCAGAAGCACGGUGGAGAAGAAAACAUUGACACUGAAGAGAAAUAAAACUGCCAGUGGCCCCCUCUCAGCAGAGGCUCAAGCCAAGCCUGUCAGUGAAAAUCUAGUCCAAGGAGAUAACGCUAUCAGAUUCUUAGAAGAAAAUGAUGGCAUUAAAAGGCAUAAGAAAAUGAAGAGCUCCAAAAAGAUACAACCGAAACCUUUAAGAAAAGUUGAUGCCAACCUCACAAUAGACAUAGCCAAAUUGCUCCUUUCUUGCCUUUUGCCAUGGGGAGUGGAUAAAGAAUUAGAUAAUCUUUGCAUUAAGCAUCUCAACAUUUUAAAGCUCCAGGAUCCUGUUUCUUUAGGACUUGCUUCUAAUGAGGAUCACUUCUCACUGAUGCUGCCAGGUUGGGAUUUAUGCAAUGCUGAAGUGAAAAAGGAUUCUUCAAAAGUCAAUUUAUUUUCCAGAAAAGUUUUGGACUUGUCAAAUAAAUAUAAAUCUACUCUUUUAAAUCAUAUUGGAAUACCAAGAGAAUUGGAAAAUAAUUGUGAUUCUUUGCAAGAGUCAAACACUAUCAUUUAUUUAUUGAACAGACUAUUUUUAGUUAAUAAGUUAGUUAACAUGCCCCUAGAAUCAGCAUGUGGAAAUCACAGUUCUUUCAAAGUGGAAUCUGUGCAUUAUAACAAGGGAAAAAGUCCUGACAAUGAUACUUUGACAAUUUCAAGCUUCUACAGUUACUUACGAAAUGGAAAGAAUGAAACCCAGAUUUCUGAGGCUGACAUAUUACUUUUGAAACUAAUUUCCUGUUGGAGAGAUCAAUCUGUGCAGGUAAUUGAAGCAAUACAAGCUGUUCUCUUGGCUGAAGUCCAACAGCACAUGAAGCCUUUGAGAAGAACACCGGUUAGUAGUCAACCAGAAUCUAUGGCAGAGAAUUCUGACUCUCCAGUCAGUCCAGUGAAGCAUGACAACAACUCAACCUCGGCAAACUUCCAAGAGACCGAGGACAUGCCUGACAGAUGUGUCUUGGAGGAGUCCAGGAGUCCAGGUGAGUCAAGGCAUCAUUCAUGGAUAGCAAAGGUGUGCUUCUGUAAGGUGUGCUGA